UCAUGUACGCGAGCGGCUUUGGCACCAGUGCGUUUUUACGCACGGCAGCGCCAUGGGUUCGAGGGGUUUCCGCCGGGCUCUGCUCGCGUCUCUCUGCUUGGAUCUUGUGGUGUUGUCCUGCAGCAGCAGCGCUGCCAGCCUGGAGCUCACCCUCCUGCACACCAACGACCACCACGCCCGCAUCGAGGAGACCAGCGGGGACUCGGGGAAGUGCGCCCCGGGGGGGUCGUGCUUCGCCGGGGUGGCCAGGAGGUUCACCAAAGUGUCGGAAAUACGGAAAAAGGAGAAAAACGUGUUGCUCCUGGAUGCCGGAGACCAGUUUCAAGGAACGGUCUGGUUCAACUACUAUAAAGGCUUAGAAGCAGCGCAUUUCAUGAACAAACUUGGAUAUGAUGUCAUGGCUUUUGGAAACCAUGAAUUUGACAAUGGAGUGGAAGGUCUGAUCCAGCCUUUCCUUCAAAGAGUAAAUUGCUCGGUGGUGAGUGCCAACAUUAAACCUGACCUCACCCUGGCUCACAAACUGAUCAUCAACCCCUACAAAUUAAUCACUGUAGGCUCAGAGACAGUGGCCGUGGUUGGCUAUACAACUAAAGAAACCCCUGUCUUAUCUCAACCCGGCCCUCACCUGGAGUUUGAGGAUGAGAUAGAAGUGCUCCAAGAUCAGGUUAAUAAGCUGCAGACUCUGGGCUAUAACAAAAUCAUCGCCCUGGGACACUCUGGCUUUGACGUGGACAAAGACAUCGCCACGCGUGUGAGAGGGGUGGACGUUGUUAUUGGAGGGCACACCAACACUUUCCUCUACUCUGGAAAGCCUCCAUCUACUGAAGUCCCAGAGGGUCCUUAUCCUUUUAUGGUGAAGUCUAAUGACGGAAGAGAUGUGCCUGUGGUCCAGGCGUAUGCGUACGGGAAGUAUCUCGGAUACCUCAAGGUCACAUUUGAUGCGGCUGGGAAUGUUAUCAAAGCUCUUGGAAACCCCAUCUUGAUGGAUAGCAGCAUACCUCAAGACCCGGAAAUCCUCUCAGAGGUUGAAAAGUGGAAGAAAGACUUGGCUCAGUACUCUUCACAGUAUGUUGGACAAACGUCCGUCUACCUCAACGGGACGUUCGAAGAGUGUCGAUUUAGAGAGUGUAACCUUGGAAACCUGAUAUGCGAUGCCAUGAUACGUCACAACAUAAAGCAAUCGAGCCAGCGACAGUGGAACCACGUGGGUGCGUGUAUGCUGAACAGCGGGGCCAUACGAAUGCCAAUAAGCGAACGCUAUAGAAAUGGUUCCAUCACAAUGGAGGAAAUCCUCAACACCCUACCAUACGGAGGAACUAUUGACUUGGUCCAACUAAAAGGAUCAACGGUGAAAAAGGCAUUUGAACACUCCAUUCACAGAUACGGAAGCAAGUCUGGAGAAUUCCUUCAAGUCUCAGGUAUUCAUGUAGAAUACGACCUCUCCAAACCGGUGAACCAGCGCGUUGUGUCACUGUCGCUGCUCUGCACUGAGUGUCGCGUGCCCAAGUACGAACCCUUAGACCCGGAGAAGAAGUACACCGUGGUCAUGAACUCAUACAUGGUGGAUGGAGGUGAUGGCUUUGCCAUGAUCAAGGAGGAGCUACUGACACAUAACACAGGUCAUUUGGACAUAACUGUUGUUUCUGAAUACAUCUCGGAUAUGAAGCGAGUGUUCCCUGCUGUAGAAGGCCGCAUCACAAUCAGGAGCUCAGGAGUCUUUACAGCCUACAGCCUCGGUUUGUUGCUGCUGAGUCUCUGCUCGUCCAUGACCUUCUGAUUCAAUCAAUCAAACUUAAUUUGUAUAUCACUUUUUAUACAACUUGUGCAAUAAAAUGGGGUUUACAGGUUUAAAACGGAAUCAACAUAAAUUGUUUAAACAACUGAAAAACAGAACAAACUCCCUACUUCUACCACCAAAACACAUCUAAAUAUAGCUCCCCAGGUAUGUAAACAGGUAUGUGCAAAGUGUAGCCUGUUAGUAAGUAAAUAAAUAAAAGAGUAAGGAACAUGAUGAUUAAAUAAAUCAAAUUUUAAUCAUGAAAAGAAAUACAUUGAAUUUAAAAAGCUUAAUAAAACAGAUGGGUCUUGAGUUUCAUUUUUAGUGUCCCACUCCCAGCUCCCCUCAAGUCUUCUGUGCCAUGGUAGUAAAAAGAGGCCAAAACAUGUUUUUUUGAUACUCUGGGAAUAAUUAAGAAUGUACUAUCAGAAGACCUGAGGGUCUGAGGAGGUUCAUAAAUCUCUACUUACUCUGAUAAAUAGGAUGGAUGAAAACCAUGAGAGUUCUAUAAACUGGAAAAAGGAUUUUAAAAUCAGUUCUGAAGGAAAUGGCUAGCAUAAAAGCUGCUGACUUUUUAAGUCUAUGUAAGUAAAAUACCUUUCUUUGGGAAAAUAUUUUAUAUUGUUUCUGAUUGUUAUUGAUUUUUCCUUAGUUUUAUUAAUAGCUUUCAAACCAUGUGACCUAAAUAUUCCAAUUAUAUACCAAAAUGUAGUAUACAUGUCGAUGUAAAUCUCCUUAUAAUUCAUUUGAGGACUUAUUCUGGUUUACUGUAUAUUGAUGUUUUUGUGAACUUUUAUUUAUUGUUGCUUACAUGUAGCUUACAUUACUUUCUAUAGCUUCAUGGGACUCUAAACCUCAGUCUGCUUUUCUUUUUUCACUUCAUUUAGAUUUUUUUUUUUUUUUUUUCAAGUUUCAAACCACAUGAUGAUGAAUAUUGGUGGUUAGCAACGUGUCUGUCUGUAAAUGUGGCCCUGCGACAGGCUGGCGACCUGUCCAGGGUGAACCCCUGCCUCUCGCCUAUAAUAAGCUGGGAUUCAAAAGUUUAGUCAUAUUUAUACAUAUAUAUAUAUAUAUAUAUAUAUAUAUAUAUAUAUAUAUAUAUAUAUACAGUACAGAUAUAAGUUUCGACACACCUUCUCAUUCAAACAAAUGGGGAACUGUGUCCAAACUUUUGGUCUGUACUGUAAUUCAAUUCAAUAUGUACACACACACACAAAGUGAAUGAUAUUCAAAUGACUUGUAUCAAAUGUAAUCUCUUUAAAGCCAAUAAAGCUGAGAAGAUGGUUGAUGAGUCUCCACCUCGUUUAUCAAUGAAAAGGCAAAGUUUGGAGGGAAGUAAUCAGGCAGAAUUGCUGCUCCAUCUGUGCUCAGUCAUGUCUCAGUUAAAAACAUACAGUUGUAAAUGUUGUUGUCUAAGGAUAAAACAUUAAUAAGAAAAGUCUUGCUUAAAAGAGAGCUCACAUUUUAAAAGGCCAUAUUUAGUGCAGCUGGUAAUUUGGGAUAAAGGCUUGUGGAUAUGGAUGUUCUUGAGAUGAAUAAAAUUCUCACCAGUUUUA